AUGUCUUGCACACAUACUCGACCACCACACUCUUCGACCACCACACCACCCGACCACCACACCCAUCGACCACUCGACCACCACACUCCUCGAUCACUCGACCACCACACUCCUCGAUCACUCGACCACCACAAUCCUCGACCAUUCGACCACCAAACUCCUCGACCAGUCGACCACCACACUCCUCGACCACCACACCACUCAACCACCACACUCCUCGACCACCACACCACUCAAACACCACACUCCUCGACCACCACACCACUCAACCAUUCGACCACCAAACUCCUCGACCACUCGACCACCACACUCCUCGACCACCACACUCCACGACCACUCGACCACCACACUCCUCGACCACCACACCACUCAACCACCACACUCCUCGACCACCACACCACUCAAACACCACACUCCUCGACCACCACACCACUCAACCAUUCGACCACCAAACUCCACGACCACUCGACCACCACACUCCUCGACCACCACACCACUCAACCAUUCGACCACCAAACUCCUCGACCACUCGACCACCACACUCCUCGACCACCACACUCCACGACCACUCGACCACCACACUCCUCGACCACCACACCACUCAACCACCACACUCCUCGACCACCACACCACUCAAACACCACACUCCUCGACCACCACACCACUCAACCAUUCGACCACCAAACUCCACGACCACUCGACCACCAAACUCCUCGACCACCACACUCCUCGACCACUUGA